AAACAGUACACAGACAGCUCCUUCUGAAACUCCAAACCUUCUUCCCUUUGAUUUCUCCGCCUCAACUAUCCGCCUCCAACCCUACUCCAGCACUAGUAAGUCACCGUUUUCGAUCUCUGGGCCCUUUAUAAUCCUUUUCAAACUCUUGGUUUCCAGUUCAUUGCUUGAAUUCUCGCAAUGCUGAUCACUUGAUACCUGUUUUUGUUUUUCUGCUCUUCCGCUUCAGAGCCCAGAACUGAAGAUACUUUCAGGAUUUAAAUUGGUGGACUGUUGGGGCCAUAUAGCUGUCCAAAUAUGAGUGCCUAUAUUGUUGGUGUCCUUGUUCCCCUCGUUGUUACUCUUCUACUUAGGAAUGCAAAGAAUUCAAAGAAAAGGGGGUUGCUCGCUGAUGUUGGUGGAGAACCUGGGUAUGCUAUCCGGAACCGUCGGUUCACUUCCCCAGUGCAAACAGCAUGGGAAGGUAUCUCAACUCUUGCAGAACUUUUUGAGCAUUCAUGCGAGCAGUACCGAGAUAAGUACUUACUUGGAACUAGGGAGUUGAUUUCAAGAGAGGUUGAAGUCACUGAAGAAGGAAGGUCCUUCGAGAAGCUUCAUUUGGGAGACUACGAGUGGCUAACCUAUGGUAGAGCAUUUGAAGCUGUGUGCAACUUUGCGUCUGGUUUAGCUCAACUUGGGCACAGGAAGGAAGAACGUGCAGCAAUCUUUGCUGACACAAGAGAAGAAUGGUUCAUUGCAUUGCAGGGUUGCUUUAGGCUCAAUGUCACUGUUGUGACUAUCUAUGCAUCUUUGGGGGAGGAGGCUUUAUGUCAUUCAUUAAAUGAGACAGAGGUUACUACUGUGAUAUGUGGAUGCAAAGAACUAAAGAAACUCAUAGAGAUAAGUGAACAACUUGACACGGUUAAACGUGUGAUAUGUAUGGAUGAUGAGAUCCCCUCUAAUGCCUCAUACGUUGAGAAGAGCAAAAGCUGGACAAUUACCUCAUUUGUAGAUGUGGAAAGUCUUGGCAGAGAAAAUCCUGUUGAUGCCGACUUACCACUUCCAGCCGAUAUUGCAGUUAUAAUGUACACAAGUGGGAGUACUGGAUUGCCUAAGGGUGUAAUGAUGACACAUGCCAAUGUCCUAGCUACAGUUUCUGCCGUCAUGACAAUUGUUCCUGGCCUUGGAAGCAAGGAUAUUUACAUGGCAUACCUACCCAUGGCUCAUAUCCUUGAAUUAGCUGCUGAGAAUGUGAUUGCUGCUGUUGGAAGUGCUAUAGGAUAUGGAUCACCUUUGACGCUUACGGAUACAUCAACCAAGAUAAAAAAAGGAACAAAGGGGGAUGCCACUGUGCUGUUGCCAACUUUAAUGACAGCUGUCCCAGCAAUUCUUGACCGCGUUCGUGAUGGGGUACUCAAGAAGGUAAAUGCAAAGGGUGGAUUAGCAAAGAAGUUGUUUGACUUGGCAUAUGCUCGUAGGUUGUCUGCGGUUAAUGGUAGUUGGUUUGGGGCUUUUGGCCUCGAAAAGGCCGUUUGGGAUUUUCUUGUGUUUAGAAAGGUCAGAGCAAUUCUGGGAGGUCGCAUCCGCUUUGUGCUGUCUGGAGGUGCUCCUCUCUCCGGUGAUACUCAGAGAUUCAUCAACAUUUGUCUUGGUGCUCCAAUAGGUCAAGGUUAUGGUCUUACUGAGACUUCUGCUGGUGCGACAUUUUCUGAGGUCGAUGAUACAUCUGUUGGUCGUGUUGGAGCUCCACUUCCUUGCUCAUUCAUUAAGUUAAUUGAUUGGCCUGAAGGUGGAUAUCUAACCAGUGAUUCACCAAUGCCUCGUGGGGAGAUAGUGGUUGGUGGUCCAAAUGUUACAGUUGGAUAUUUCAAAAAUGUAGAAAAAACAAAAGAAUUAUACAAGGUCGAUGAGAGAGGAAUGAGAUGGUACUAUACAGGUGACAUAGGGCAGUUUCAUGCUGAUGGUUGCCUUGAGAUAAUUGAUCGCAAAAAAGACAUAGUCAAACUUCAGCAUGGGGAGUAUGUCUCCCUAGGCAAGGUUGAAGCCGCUCUUCUUGUUAGCCCCUUUGUCGACAAUAUCAUGUUGCAUGCUGAUCCCUUUCAUAGUUACUGUGUGGCUCUGGUGGUAGCUUCUCAGCAUAUGGUGGAAGAUUGGGCUUCCAAGCAAGGAAUUCCUUUUACUGACUUUGCAGACUUGUGUGAGAAGGCCGAAACGAAGAAGGAACUUCUUGCAUCAAUCCAAAAGUUUCAAAAGGUAGUCCCUAGCAAAAUCUGAAGAUCGUGGAUGUGUUACCACAGAUGAAUUGAACAGAAUCACAUACAGCAGGUUACUUUGUAUCCAGUCACGCUUUCAAAUAUAUCUUAAACUUUGUGCUUGGAAAAAAGGAAGGAACAAUGUAGACAAUACAAAUGUGAGCAGCAGGUUACUGUGAAAGUAGGGGAAAGAGGCAAGGAGCUACCAUCCAAAAACAAGGGAAAUUCUCGAUUGCAAUGGGGUUGUCUUGCAUGUUCUGACAAGGCAAGCUUUGUAUUCAUGUAGUUGGUGCAAGUGUUUUCUUCUUUCUUUUCCGUUUCAAAUCGAUGAGCCUACCACCAGCAGCCUUGGCAAAAUCCUUGCAAGAGCAAUCUACUCUUCCUCCUUAGAUGUGUUGCACGUUUUUAAUGACUUCAUAAAUCAAUCACAUUCCAUUGAUGUGAUUGAAGAUAGUAAAAGAAUAAUAAUAUUUUUCUUUCCAUA